UUACGGGUGACAUCUCACACCUUCUUAUUUGUCUGUUAAAAAAAUGAAUCAUUAAAAAUUCACUCACAGCAUCACUUCGCGGACAAAUUAAACUUCACAGCAUUAAAAAUUAACCAUAGUUGAGAGUUUUGCUUGUGAGAUAUGCUAGGCUUUCCUGGUGCUCGAGGAAUCAUGAUGAUUGUUAUUGGAAUUUGUUUUCUUCUGCAUUUUUCUCUUGSUGAAUUAAGGACUAAUGCCACGAGGAACGAGAUAGCAAUGAUAUCAGAACAUCUAACAGAUAUACUCAAGACGUAUGAUAAAAGAAUACGCCCUGAUGCUGAAGGUCCACCCAUCGAAAUAAUAGCAGAGUUUAAAGUUGGUUCAUUGGGAGGAAUCAGUGAAUCCGAAAUGUCAUAUUCCAUGGACAUAUUUUUUCGYCACUGGUGGAGUGAYCCUCGUUUGAAGUCAAACUUCAGCAAACCUAUYACWYUAUCAAUGGACGCUUCAUCGAUAAUCUGGAUACCAGAYACGUACUUUGUCAACUCGAAGUAUUCUAGUUUUCAUAAAGUAAUUGGUGACUGUAUGCGGCUUAUCAUAUGGCCUAAUGGAACCAUAUAUUACAGUGUCAGGGUUGAUCUAGAGCUACGAUGUGAUAUGGAUCUACGACUGUACCCGUUUGAUACCCAGCACUGCCCAUUUAUAGUGGAAAGCCACGCCUAUACCAAAGAUGACAUCAUCUACAAGUGGAACAUGCAGAGAACAAAAGGCGUYGAGGUAGCAUCCAAUCAAACAGCCCAGUUUGUCCUCAUGGAAGCCAUAAUACAUAAUAGUACAAGCGAGAAAAUAGCAGGAACUUAUUCAACUCUUUUCUAUCAGAACGGUAGAUAUCUUAUAAAAAAGAUGGAGAACGGAAUUUCUUUCAAAAUUAGCAUUCGACGUUGUCAGUAG